UUUGCUGUCAAACAAUCCCGAGCAGUCUGGAGGAAGCCGUGUAUUUUAUGGGAUUUUCGUGAAAACUUCCUGGAGUUCAAGCGGAAGUACAGUGAAUGAUGUCAGCUGUGGCCGAAAUGGACCCGACAAUAAGGAAUGCCAUCAAGUUAAUGCACUCUUCGAACUCUGACGCGGCUGAGAAAAUUCGCUUGACUCUCGAUGAGUUGAUCAAGACGCGCUUCAGCACCAGCAAGAUGUUGGUGAACGUGCUGAGCAAGAAGCACUUGGGAGAAGAGAACACGGCCACGGGCAGUGGUUCUGCCGGCCAUCCGCCGCAUCAGCGGCACCGCUCAACGGACUCCAACUCAAAGUCCUCCAGCAGCAAGAGCUCGUCCAACUCCUCUGUGUCUGCGCUCGAGGUCACAGCCAUUCCCAUCGACACGCCCAUCAUGGUGGAGCUGGAGACGCUGGACGAAGACACGAUUAUGGAGGACGACCAGCUGAAGGAACUGGAGGAGCUCGUGUGCGUGGUUUGCCGUCAAGUGGACGUCAGCUUUCGUAAUCGCCUGGUGGAGUGCGCCGAUUGUCACUCGCUGUACCACCAGGAGUGCCACAAGCCCCAAAUCUCUGAGUCUGACGCCAAUGAUCAGGAGAAUUCGUGGCUCUGCACGCUAUGCAAGAGCAAAGAAAUGGCAAAACCUGCCUCUGCUCCCGCCCCAAUCGUUACUCCGCCGCCUCAGCCGGUCGCUUCUCCUCCUCCCCCAAAAUCCAGCUCAUCCUCCUACAAAUCCUCAGGCAAAUCCCAUGAAUCAUCGUCCAAGAGCAAGUCCAAGAGUUCCCGAGAGUCCAAAUCGAGCUCUAGAGAGUCCAGCUCUGGCAGUUCCAAGGAAUCUUCUAGCAGGGACAAGUCCUCAUCCAGCUCUGUGACACCCAAGAUCAAUAUUAUCAGCGCCGACAAGCGCAUUCAGAUCAUGAAGAAGAAAGCGAAGCUGAAUGAGGGCAAAAGGAAGCAUAAAUAAGAUGCGAAAUGUGAACUUUA